AUGUCUUUUCGCUGUUUGACCUCUCUAAAUAAACUUCUUUCUCUCCAUCAUUCUCUCUCUCUCUCUCUCUAUUUAUCUAUCUAUCUAUCUAUCUAUCUAUCUAUCUAUCUAUCUAUCUAUCUAUCUAUCUAUCUCAAUCGCUCUCCUUCUGAAACGGUCAAUCCUUUCGUCAGUUCUCGCGCAACACUCAUUCUUGUAUACGCAGCUACACCCGCUGUCACCGGGCAAACCGGUCGCGAGAUGACAUUGCUCAUCAUGGCAGAUUUAGUCGAUCAAAGAUAUUUUCGGCACGCAGUUGGGGAAGAGUCGGAACGAAUUCUAUGGCGUCUUCAGCAUAAUAGCCUGCGUCUUCUCUCCAUUGUUCACAUUCUCGCUCCCUUACUUUUCCUCUCUGUUUUUAUCUCACCAUUUUUAUUUCCUCUGUCAAUGGUCUUUCUCUUUUCAGUUCUCGUCCAAAUCUCGUUUUUUCUCAUUACUAGCUAUUCUCUUUAUUCUCUCUUUUCCUAUUGGGCGUCUAUCUAUAAUCUUUUUCAUCUCUCUUAA